ACAAGACCAGCUAAGUCCGACAAACCAUCUUAGGCUGGUGGAACACAGAGUCCUGAACCAGUGAUAAGAAAGUGAAGUGAAAGCACUUUUUCAAAGGACCAGAGUGAACUUUGAGAUUGAACUCAUUGAGAAUACAGGCGUUGUAAAAAAUCUCUCUGGGACUUCACAGACAACCAAACCAAGUCAUAGAUGCAUCAUAAGUUGAAGUGAAAUAUAUCGCAGAAGAUCUGCCGACAUGGCAUCCGGCAAGAGUAAGAUGAGUCUCAGAGAAGAUCUGACAUGUGCCAUCUGCUUUGAGCUCUUCAAAGAUCCAGUGAUGCUGGGCUGCAUGCAUCACUUCUGCAAGAGAUGCAUCUCGUCUUACUGGAAGACAGUCAGGAGUCCUGUGUCCUGCCCUCAGUGCAGACAAGAGUUUCCCAACAAACGCUUUCAGACUAAUUACUUAGUCGCCUGUUUGGUGGAGAAAGUCAGGGCCAGCGCCACAUCUGAAUCUGUCAAUUUUGUCAAGAAACAAUUAAAGGACAACCUGGAGUCGGAGCACUGCAUGAAAGACACCUACAUCACAAUGAUCCGUGAAGACAAAGAAAAGAUGGAGAAAAUAAGAAAAAUGGGAGCUGAUCUGCAGCAGCGAGUGCAGAGUGAUUUCCAGGCUCUGCAUCACUUGCUGCGGGUGGAGGAGGAUGCCAUGAUGGAGGAGUUGAGGAGGGAACAGGAGGAACUGCUUCAGGGACUGGAGCGACAUCUGGAGGCCCUACAGGUGGCCACGAGAGACGUGGAGCAGAACAUCAACACAUUACGCCUGACUGCCAGCAACACAGACCAAUCUGUACUUCUUCCAGAAUUGAAUUCCAGAGCACUUCCAGAAGAGCUGAAUAUCAACCUGAAUGCUUUCAGAAGCAAAUACAUCGCUCCUCUGCAGUACACGAUGUGGCGAAAGAUGUUUCAACAUUUGAAUCCAGCCCCAGCACCACUGAUAUUUGACGAGGACACGGCUCACCCCAGCUUACAACUUUCCAGGAACAAAACCCAAGUGGUUGAGAGUGACAAAAUGAUGUUCUACCAGUGCAAUUCAAAGCGCUUCCUCCAAUGCGUCAACAUUCUCGCAACCGAGAGCUUCCAGUCAGGCAGCCAUUACUGGGAGGUGGAUGUGAGCAACAGUCCGAAGUGGGAUCUGGGCGUCGCUCUGGAAUCAGUAAAUCGACAGGCCCGUGUCAAGCUGUGCCCUGAGAAUGGAUAUUGGACCCUUCGGCUGCGGAAUGGCAACCAGUACUCCGCCGGCACUCAGCCAUGGAUGCCACUGUCGGUGAUGACCUCGCCAAGCAGGAUCGGAAUUUUCCUGGAUUAUGAGGAACAGGCCGUGUCAUUUUAUAAUGCAGAUAACAUGGCACUGCUGUAUUCCUUUUCCAGAGGGCCGAGAGGCAAAACAUUCCCGUUUUUCAGCACAUGUGUUAGAGAACAUGGUCAGAAAGCCCAAGCCAUUCGUAUCAUCCACUUCCCUUUUGAGUUAUAAAACGAUGCCUGCAAACACUCUAGUAACUUGUGCCAUGUCCAAUGGUCUGGAGGCUUUAAUGAGCCACUGAUGUUUAGAGGUUGUCUGCAUUUUAAAGUGAUUAUCAGCUUUCAUUCAUUAGAGCCAUGUAUCUCUCAUGACACUAAUCAAUCAUUUCAAGGCAAAUGUAUUUUGCAUUGUGUACUUGAUGCAUGCUGACAACCAACAAAUGAAAAAGACCACAGGCAGUUCUUCAAUAAUGUUUGUGCCAGAUGUCUGUAGAUGCCCAAAGAUUUGAUUUUACAAGGGUAAUUGACAUUGAUUUAUGACAGAAUUACCAUUGUGACAUGAUCCACAGCUAAGUUUUUAUCUUGGGGGAAAACAAUUUAGGCUUAAAGGCAUAGUUUACCCAAAGUUGAAGAUUCAGUCAUCAUUUACUCACCCUCAUGUUGUUCCAGACCUGUAGGCCUAUUUGUUUCUUACUUAUAUGGAACAUUCGCUCAGUGUUAUGGAAAAAAAGAUGCAAUGAAAGUGAAUGGUGACUGAGGCUGUGAUUCUCUCCUUUUGUAUUAAAAUGAAGGAAGUCAGUUUGGAACAAAAGUGUAAGUAAAUGAUGACAUAAUUGUAUUUUUGGGUGAACUAUCCCUUUAACUUUAAUAUUUUGUCCCUUCUAUAAUAGCCUAUAUAGUUCUAUUAUAACUUAGUUUUGUCAGUAGUCAAAUUUACACAAAUAAACCUGUUCAUUUAAUUUUUUUAUUACAUUUAUAUCUGUGUUGAAAGAUGUGAAAUUAUGGAUUAAAAUUUUUUCUAUCUCUCUAAUCAGUGUAUUAAAAAUGCUAAAGAAUGUGUUAAUGAAGGAUUUAUGUUUUAAAUCAAUUGCAAAAAUUUGUAUCUGAUUCUACAAGAAAUUGAUGAGAUGUAAAUUGCACAAUAUUCUUUUCGUUGCUGCCUUUAUAGAUGUACAGAAAAUCAUUAUAGAUAUUACAUGGAAUCCAGUUAAAAUACUUCGAUCAUGUUUUCCAAGUGGUUGUCCAAUCAUUUUCCCUUUUGUAAACCAAGCAUGCCACUCAUUCCUUCUGCAUCAGUAGGUAAUGCUGUUUUUUCUGUAGUCACUAAAUGUAAGUGUGCACUAGUUUGUCCAUCAUUGUGUCAAGGCUUCAGUGACAGGACAGGAAGGUGUUUAGUUUUGAUUUAUGUCUAACUCUUCCUUCCUCUGUAAUAGACAAAAACAAGCAGCCUUUUCUGUCACAUGUUUACAGCAACCUUGAUAUACUCCAGAUAUUUUCCUUCUUGAUGCAUGUAUUUGAUGCA